UAGAUAUUAGGUACAUAAUCUGAGUCUCAGAUAUACGAUUGUUUACUUUUCCAACUAUCUUGAUAAAAUUAUACAUAUUUACUAAAUAACAAUGAGACGACGAGCUGGUGUCGGUGCUAUCCAGAAGCAACAGUUAGAACGAGAAAAGUAUAGAGAAAAGGGUUCAGAAAUUCAAGAAAAUCAGUUCUUACAAAUGCAAAAGCAACUCGAGGUUUUCAGGGAAAAUCUUGAAGAAUUUGCAUCAAAGCACACAAAUGAAAUUAAGAAAAAUGCACAAUUCAGAAGGCAGUUUCAAGAAAUGUGUGCUGCAAUUGGUGUGGAUCCACUUGCUUCAGGAAAAGGCUUUUGGUCUGUGCUAGGUAUCGGUGAUUUCUACUAUGAGCUAGGAGUUCAAAUAGUUGAGGUGUGCUUAGCUACAAACUACAAAAACGGUGGGCUUAUAACUCUAGAAGAAUUAAGGACAAGAUUAAUAGCUGCACGGGGAAAAGCUAAAAAACAUCAAGAUAUAACAAAUGAAGAUUUGUUAGCUGCAGUGAAAAAACUCAAGAUAUUUGGAAAUGGAUUUACUGUGGUUUCCAUAGGGAAAGGAAAAUGGUUAGUGCAAUCUAUUCCUGGAGAACUGAAUCUAGACCAGACUUUAGUUCUACAAAAGGCAAGCUCCUUAGGAACUGCCUGGAUAUCUAUAAGCAUGUUAGCUGGAGAUUUAGGGUGGAAUGAAACCAGAGCAGAAAAUGCUCUCAAUCACAUGGUUAAGGAAGGUCUAGCUUGGGUGGACAACCAGGACCCUAAAGAGACUCUAUUUUGGUUCCCUAGUAUGUUUUCUGACUGUGUUGAGGCUGCCGCAGCAUCCUAAAUAUAAUGGUAAAACUGUGAUUAUAAUAAAAUUUAAAUAAACAUUUAGUAAUUAAAUGUAGGAAAUUGUAUUUACUAUUAAAUUUGGAAUAGAUGAUUUUAUAGUGACACUUAAAAAUUAAAUACUUUAUAUUGUUGUUUUACCAUUAUUUAUUCAUUAAAAUUUAAGUAAAAUAAUGUACUCACACUGGCAAAUCAUGUUUUAUCUAUCUAAUAUAAACUUAGAGGAAGUUGAAAGAUGACAAAUCCAUUUUAAACUCAUGUAGUAUUUAUACUUCAGAAAGGGGAUUAAAUCUACAAAAUAAAAUUUAGUUUAUUUAAUUGUACAAAUGUAAAUAUGUUAAGAUAAUGUGCUGUAUGUGUCUAUUUAUUGCUCACAAAUAUUAAACUGAAAAUAAAAAACUUGA